CUGCCACCAUGGCGCGCUCGCUCUUCGUGGAUACCUUACGGCAGAGCUUCUGGAAGGAAGAAUACCAGAAGGAGAAGAUGGCACGCUGUGACUGGUACCGCAAGUACGGGUCGAUGGUGAAGGCCCGGCAGAAGGCCCGGGCCGCAGCCCGCCUGCCUCUGCAACUGCCCAUCUUACACCCCAAGGGGCCCCCAUCACCCACCCCUGCUCCCAAAGUCGCACCCGACAAGGUGCCCAUUGCCGUCCAGGCCGCGCCGCCUCUGCAGUCCGAGAUGCGGCCCGUGCCGCCGGCCGUCAGGGCCCUGCUGUACGAAGGCAUCUCCCACGACAACCAGGGCCGCCGCCACUACCUCAGCACCCGGAACCUGGAGCUGCCCGAGAAGCGCUACCACUUCCCCAUCACCACCAGCUUCACGUACGGCUGGCAGCUGGGCCCGGUAGAGAAACGUGAAAAGAUCUCCUGCAAGAUGUGCCGUCUCGAGUCGUUCUUCCGCAAGAACGGGGCGUUUGCCUUUCUCAAUCCCCAAGACCUGGCCCUGUGACGGGCUUGUGGGAAG